AUGCCUAAGAGGUUUGUGUAUGUUAACGAAGUUCACAGGAAUCAGUCUCAUCCUUCGAAAGACUGGCCACGACUUCCCUUGAAGGAAAGAAUCACUAAGACUCUCCAAAGUACUGCUGAAGUUUUCUUGGAUGCUUUUGUGGAGAAUAUCUUUCAUUUCGUCAAACAACCCAUGCUGGUUCAGGGCAACUAUGCACCUGUAAAUCCAAUCGGUGAGCCAGUUAUGAUUUCAAGUGUCGAAGGACAAAUACCAAAUGACUUUCCCGAGGGGGUCUACAUUAGAAAUGGCCCCAAUCCUUUAUUUGGAGAAAUGACUGCAACACAAUCCAUCUUUGGAAGAUCAAGUGCUAUUUGGGUAGAAGGUGACGGAAUGCUCCAUGCAUUGUAUUUCCACAAAGACAACAAAGGAAAUUGGAAUCUUUCAUAUAAAAACAAAUACAUUGAGUCUGAUUCCUUCACAUUAGAGAGGGAAAGGAAUAGACCCCUGUUUCUUCCGGUAGUAGAAGGCCAACCUGCUGCAGUUUUAGUUGGUGCACUUCUAAAUCAGUUGAGAUUCGGUAAGCAUUAUCGAGAUAUGAACAAUACUAACAUUUUCGAACAUGGGGGAAAGGUCUUCUCAAUUGCAGAGAAUCAUUUGCCUUAUGAGAUUGAUGUCUCGAGCCUAGACACCAUGGAUGCAUGGGACAUCAAUGGUGCAUGGGAUCGUCCUUUCACAAGCCAUCCGAAGAGGGAUCCACAAACUGGGGAGUUGGUUAUUAUGGGAAUAGAUUCAAAGAAGCCAUUUUAUGUAUUAGGAGUGAUAUCAGCUGAUGGGAAGAGGGUGGUGCAUAAAGUUGACCUUAAAUUUGAAAGGAGCACUUUAGUUCAUGAGAAUGCUAUCACCAAAAACUUUAAUGUUAUAAUGGAUUAUCCACUUAUCGUUGACCCAAAAAGAGUUAUCGAUGGAAGACCGUUAAUAAAGUUUGAGAAGCAUCAGAAAGCAAGAAUUGGAAUAAUUCCGCGCUAUGGAGAUGUGAAUUCCACAACUUGGUUUGAUGUGGAAACACAUUGCACUUUUCACAUCAUAAACUCUUUUGAGGAAGGAGAUGAGGUUGUGGUAAGAGGAUGCCGGGCUGAAGGAUCCACCAUACCGGGUCCUGAUCUUGGUGUCAAUAAAAUUGAAUGGUUUCGCAGAGCUUUUUUGCCAGUUGGAAGAGAAGAAGGAUCUGAUCCUUCUAUUGAUGGAAUAUUGUUCACUCGUGUUUACGAAUGGAGAUUGAACAUGAAAAUUGGUUCAGUAAAAGAAGGAUAUCUCACUGGAUUAGAGGUCUCCAUGGAUUUCCCGGCUAUCAAUAACAAAUUCAUGGGUCUAAAGAACAAGUAUGGAUAUACCCAAGUUGUGGAUUCCAUUGAAAGCUCAAGAAUCGGGUUGGCAAAAUAUAAUAUGUAUGCAAAGCUAAAUUUUGAGGAACUUGAGGAAUCCCAUGGUGCUAAGGACAAGAGGAUUAAGGUAGAAUAUCAUAGGCUUGAGGAAAACCAGUAUUGCAGUGGGGCUGUAUUUGUGUCACGACCAGGGGGCAGUGAUGAAGAUGAUGGAUGGAUAGUUUGCUUUGCUCAUAAUGAGAAUACCAAUAUCUCUGAAGUUCAGAUUAUAGAUGCAAAGAAGUUCACAGAAGCACCUGUCGCAAAAAUAGCGAUACCAUGUAGAGUUCCUUAUGGUUUUCAUGGAACUUUUGUUUGUAAAACCAAGAACGAUUUCUCCAAGUGUAUGUAGAAAUCAAAAUCAUAAACUGCAACCAUAGCUCCAAAGUGAUUGUUUGGAACAGAUUGUCAUGAAUGGAAUAUAUUGUUAG